CGUGCCGACAAGACAGGAAGCAAUUAUCUUGCAGAGAAAUAUGCUGAAGAGAAACAUAAAGUAGCAUAAUGAAGUGUCUUCUUGUUGUAAAUAGAAUAAAUGAUGUGCUUUUUGUAGACUUUGAUGAUGAUUUCGCUGCAUAUAUCAACCGUGAAGCUGCCAAACAAGGCUUGACAGAGCCUGAGGAAGCCGAAAAAGAUUUGUACAAUGUGGACUCCAAUGUGUUUAUGCAGCUGUUCUCACCCCUGGUGCUGUCCAACUGGGCUCUAAUUGAAGAAUCUAAGAACCCAUGUACAUCGGUGACCUUAGAAAAUGGAUACAUCUUUGUGUUUAAACAGGUUGAUGACCUGCUGUUUAUUUGUAUGAAUGGAGAUGACAGGGAGACAGAAUAUGCCUUGGAUAGAAAAAUCCUCAUAUUCCUGAAACUUGUUGGGUUUAUGUUUGGUCCCAUCACAGAUGAAAUUGGUCACUCUAGGUUUGAGGACAAGAAGGCAAGAUGGAACUUUCUGAAGAGACUACUGGACACUUACUCUAAAUUAUCAAAACAAGACCAGUGUUAUCUUGUUGAGGCUGUUGAACGACUUCAUGUGAACCAGCUUGUGAAUGAGAAGUGUAUCGAGCUGUUGGAGAAGGUGAUGAGGGUGACCGAGGACCUGCUGUCCAGACCGGCUCAACAUUCCCUGCUGCUGGUCAACACCAAGUUGAUGGCCCUGUACUCAGAUCGUACAGCCUCUGAGCUUCAAGCAGCAGACAUCUUAAGCAUCAUUCUCCUGAUCCAAGACAUCUUCCCAUCCAAUGAGACACUGGAAGAUCUGUUCUCCCACUCUAUCUCUAUUCCAACCAUCAACAGGAAGAAAACACGUUCAUUCAUUCCUUCAACAGCUAGACAAGUGUCAGAUCGCAAAGAUGAAUCAAGUGAUCAGGAGUUCCACAGUGCUCCAACAACACCAAACAGUGAGAGGUCACACACCCCUGCAGACACAGACCAGACAGACGCCAUUAGGACAGCUGAGACUGGGACAACCAGUAGCACAGAGGUGAAGCAGACACAAGAGCAGACACAACAAGUAGACAAUCAGUCUGUCAGCUCAACAGAGGUGAAGGGUGACCAGAUGCGAUCAGGAGACAGACAGUCAGACGUGGAAGCAGACAGUAAGCCAACACCAGCUGAAGAUGGUCAGUCUGUAAAAUCAACAGAAGUGAGGGCAAACCAUGGUCUGACAUCAUCCAAGGACAGUCAGUCAGACACUGUCAGUACAUCGGAGGCACAGGCAGACACUGUGCUAGAAGACAGUCAAUCAGAUUGUGUCCAAACAGCAGAGGUUUCGCCAACAGUUGACAGCCAGGUGGAAUCUCGCAGUACAUCAGAAUUGAAGACUGGCAGUGAGCAGACCUUCACUGACACAGAUGAUGUGCCCAGUACAUCAGCAACUCCCACCUUGAUGAACACGGAGUACCCGAUCCUGUCUCCCACAGAGGGAGGCAACUUCUUCAGAUCCAGGAUAGAGUUCCAGUCUAGACUUAGCGCCAACGUGCUUUCGUCCGCUUCCUCCAGUGAGGGUAGGGGCAGAUCCCGUGCUGGGACUGCUAUGUCUGAGGAGCCGUCUACCAGGAACACCCAGCCAGACAGAUCCCCCAUCAAUAGAGACUACUGGAGGCAGAUGGUGUUCCUGAGAACACCAUCAUGUACCUUCUUCCCCCACCAACUUCAUUGUACCCAGGUCUUGCCUGGUAUUGUCCUGAUCAUUGUCAUUGAGGGUCGACAUGGACAGAUAGCUCCCCACCUGUGCCAGAUGUUUCAGUUCAUUAAGGAUCUUCUGACUGGGGAGAAGGACAAGCUGAGCAGAGCAAGGGGGGAGAUGCUGUACGAUGUCAUGAACUCACUCCUUGCUAGAAUACAGGGGACACUAAAGAAGGUCAAGGGAGAUGUGCAACGUGUCAUGAAUGAUGUGAGACGGAAGUGGGACAACGAUGGUCUGAAGAACAGCCUCCUAGCUUAUCUUGAGGAGGAACCAGGGGUGGAAGUCUCCACUGGGCUGGAGACGUCCCUGUCGGAGCUGAUGAAGAAGCUGAAGGACCUGUUCUCCUACCUGUUCCUGUCCCCACAGACUGUCAACACCAGAUUCCGGGAGGCGACUCAGAUGCUGAGAGACAAGAUCAAGAACGAGCUGUCUGACUAUAAACACUACCUAUCAGUCAAGGCUCAGAGGAACAUCCCAAUGACAUCAUACCUGGAUGAGUUCCCCGGUAUGGUCCACUUCAUCUACAUUGACCGUCAGUCCAACCAGCUGACUGCUCCGUCCCUCAACAUCACCCUGGAGGAGACGGGCAAGAAGGAUGCCACGAGCCUGCUUAAAAAUAAGGUGUGGGUGAUGGUGGAGCAGAUGAUGGUCAAGUUGACGGAGGGGUACACGUCAAUCAUGUUCCGAGACGGGGACUUCUACUACUCCUACUUCCUAUGGUUUGAAGAUAACACGGGUAACCCUCUUCCAGUGCAGCUGCCCUUUAAACCUAGCCAUGACAUGCCUCCUCCUGGAAUACUCACUGGGACAUUCUUCAGACAGCUGAUACAGAAGUGCUUCCCGAACUCUGUGCAGGGUAGUGUCCACUGCUAUGAGCUGUACUUGAUGCACGUUGGCCUGGUCCAUCCGCAGUACAUUGCAUCACACUGUCGCCAACUGGCCCGCAAGCUCUGGGAGAUGUCUGGAGAGCCGUACACAUCCAUCAGUCUCUUGUGAGGACGGACAUCUAGAGCGUUUUUAGGAAUGCAUACUGGUGACAGCAUAUGUCCGGGGAACAUCCGUCUGUUCUUGUGUGGACGGACAUCUGGACCACCGGGGGAAUGCGUACUGGUGACAGCAUCGGACCGGGGAACACUCAUCAGUUCUUGAGAUGACGGCAAUCUAGACCAUUUGUAGGAAUGCGUGCUGGUGUCAUCAUCGGACCGAGGAACACACGUCAGUUCUUGUGAUGACGUCUAUCAGGACCACUUGUAGGAAUGUGUACUGUUGACAGCAUCAGACCGGGGAAUACAUAUCAGUUCUUGUGAUAAAGAUCUGGAGCUCUUGAAAGAAUGGAUACUGGAUCAAUGAACCAUGGAACACCCAUUAGUUGCUUGUGAUGAUGACCUUGACCUUUGGCAGGAUAAGGAAAUGGUGACACCUUCACCAUUGUACCAAGAAACACCCACCAAUGUUAGCCUCUGUCGAGACCUCUUUUAGGAAUGGAUCCUGUUGACCUCAGACCAUGAAACCCUUUGGUAUCUUGUGAAGACUACUUGGACCUCUUAUGGGAAAGGGUGCCAGUGACAACAUUUGACUCUGGAACACACAUUCCUUCUCCUUCCUACUCCCACCUACUUGGAGAUUCUGAGAGCAGACUGGAGCAGACAUGUCAUGGCUUGUUCUGAGAGGCAAAUAGAAUUUGGAUCAGGUAGAGACAAUGGCUGAUGAAUAUGUAGUAAUGUGGGAUGGGUGACCGUCAUCCUCAAUCUCCAACCCUUAAGACGGUAUAAUUGCAUGAUUUGGUUUUCCAUCUCUGCCAGUGUUUUGUCUGCUCCAGACCUGCUCUCAGACCAGAAUGAUACUGAUAAGAUACCUUUCACUAUUCGUAGAUAUUUGUGAAAGUUACUGAAGAAUUAUUUUCUUUCCUUUAAGCUUACGAGGUUGUUGUGAUAUUUGUGCAAUGGAAAUAAUUCAUAAUGAGGCUACUGCAAGUUGGCAAUAGUUUUAUACUAUGUUUUUGUUAUUUACCCGAGAGAAUUUGUUUUUGUUUUUUUAUUGUGUGCAUAUUUGUAAAGAAUAAUAUAUUGCUUUCUGUUGAAAGACUGGGCUAUAUAUCAUAAUAUAUAUAAAUAUAUAUGCCAGUUUACAAAACAGUUACUCAAGGAUAAGCGAGCUUCGGUAUCUAUUGCUUUCUAGUAUAUAGGAACAGAACAUGUAUAUGUCGGUGCUCGAUUUUGUUUGUUAAUGAUAUAUUGUUUACAUGCAUGAUGUAACAUACAGUUUUAUCUGAUUAUAUAUUUAUAUACUAUACCUGUUAAUGAUAUGCAUAUCAGUGGUUUUACAAAUCUUGUAAAAUAGAAAAUCACGACGAUUAAUAAACUGUCAAAGCAG